CAUUCAGUGUAUAUUGUAUACAAACUCAGGCACAUGCGUUUGAAUAUUCAUCAACCACACAAGGCCUCCACUACACAACAAACACAAAAGCUCUCAGCCUCACAACUAUAAUAACAGCAACAAUUGCAAACACCACAACUCUAUACAAAACCCACCACUCUAUACACAACUCUCAUCAAUUAUAUAGCAAAAUUAAUCACUCAAGCUUACCCAAUACCAUGGAACAAACACCCCAUAUAGCGAUUCUACCGAGUCCAGGGAUGGGUCACCUCAUCCCACUCGUUGCUUUCGCCAAGCGACUCGUCCUCCUCCACCGCUUCAGCGUCACCUUCGUCGUCCCCACCGACGGUCCUCCCUCCACUUCCCAGAAAGCUUUUCUCGAAGGCCUCCCCGCCGGCAUGGACUACGUUUUUCCUCCGGUGAACUUCGACGACCUACCGGGCGAUGUUAAGAUCGAGACCCGAAUUUCUCUCACGGUGACCCGCUCACUUCCUUCUCUUCGUGAUGUUUUCAAGUCAUUGGUAGCCACGACCCGGUUGGUAGCUUUGGUCGUUGAUCUCUUCGGCACUGAUGGGUUUGAUGUCGCUAUCGAAUUCAAUAUCUCGCCGUACAUCUUCUUCCCGUCUACGGCCAUGGCUCUGUCAUUGUUCCUUUAUUUGCCCAAGCUUGAUCAGUCGGUGUCUUGUGAGUACAGAGACGUGCCCGACCCGAUUCAGAUUCCGGGUUGCACGCCGAUUCACGGGAGGGUUCUCCUGGACCCGGUUCAGGAAAGAAAGAAUGAUGCAUAUAAAUGGGUGCUUCAUCAUACAAAGAGGUAUAGACUGGCCGAGGGUAUUAUGGUAAAUAGCUUCAAGGAGUUGGAGCCUGGAGCUAUAAAAGUGUUACAGGAGGAGGAACCCGGUAAGCCACCCGUUUACCCGAUUGGACCUCUCAUUCAGAUGGGUUCUUCUAUCAGUGGGGCUGAUGGGUCAGAUUGUUUGAAAUGGUUGGAUGAUCAGCCACGUGGCUCUGUUUUGUUCAUCUCCUUUGGGAGUGGUGGGACCCUCUCUUAUGAUCAGCUAAAUGAGCUCGCCUUGGGGUUGGAAAUGAGUGAGCAAAGAUUCUUAUGGGUCGUUAGAAGUCCAAAUGAUAAAGUUGCCAAUGCCAAUUUCUUCAAUGCCCAAAGCCAAAACGACCCUUUUGAUUUUCUACCAAAAGGGUUCUUAGACCGAACCAAACGCAAUGGUCUAGUGGUACCUUCUUGGGCCCCCCAAGCUCAAAUUCUUAGUCACGACUCGACGGGUGGGUUCUUAACCCAUUGUGGUUGGAACUCGGUCCUCGAGGGUGUGAUUUAUGGUGUACCAUUGAUUGCGUGGCCGCUUUACGCAGAGCAAAAAAUGAAUGCAGUAAUACUAACGGAGGAUAGAAAAGUGGCAUUGAGGCCAAAAACUAGUGAAAAUGGGAUAGUGGGAAGAGCAGAAAUUGCAAAAGUUGUAAAAAGUCUAAUGGAAGGAGAGGAAGGGAAGUGGAUUCGCAAUCGAAUGCGAGACCUUAAGGAUGCCGCUGCCAAAAACCUAAGUGAAGAUGGCUCAUCUACAAAAGCACUUGCUGAGGUGGCUGCAAAGUGGAAGAAUAAAAUUUUCUAAUUAAGAAUUAUAUUAAAUUAUAUUUUCUUUCAUCUCCUUUCUUUUCCUUUCUCCUGUCAGUCUUGUCAUAAUAUGUAUUGCAACUUUUACACUAGAUUUGUGAAUUUGUUUUGGAUAUUGAAGUUGGGUUUGGUCUUGUACAGCAAUCAUUUUCUAUAUAUGUUCCUCUUUUUUCCUCUCUCUCA